UUCCAUUCCAUUCGUUUGCAUCCACUCGGGUCGCGUGGUUGUGUCCAAUUCGGGUCGACGAAGACUACGGCGCCUACCACUCAUCAUCCCAGUGCGGUUCACGGUCGAUUCCGGAUCUCUGUUCGUGUCCGGGUGAAGUGCGGGGGUGCCCGACUAGUUCCGAGAGUUUGCAUACAAAGCGUAGCAUAUACGAGUUUGUAAAUUGUGUUUUCGGUAGGCAGGUCAGCACUAGAGGUCCACACUAGAGUGUUACGACUCUGCCGAAAUUAAGUGGUUGAAAUUGACGAUGAAGGCUGUGUUUUUAGGUGUGACGUGCAGUGUGUCGUGAAUUUGUGACGGAAGUCGUAAAAGUGAAGUUAUUUUCAGCAAAGUGUCAUUCUUGGAAGUACAGCUUCUAUCCAGCUCUAUACGCGCGUAGAUCUUCGUGAAGAAACGUUUUGUGUUUUCAGUAAACCACAACACCAGACCAAGCCUGGCGAGAUUCGCGACACGGCGUGUAUUGUUGUAGCCGAAUCGGGAACACAAAGAGAGGUCGGGGAACUGGAGUAUCCGUUAUUGUGCGGAACGGGAACUGACGCUUUCAUCUCCGGCCUUGUCGGGGAAAGAGCACACCUUCCCCGGGAGAGAAAGAAAGAGUUUCGAACAAAGUGCGCGCCAAGGCGAAGGUGGUUGUCCUCCAGCAUCCGAGACAUCAAAGUCAGCUGUUUGCGGCGGAGAGGGCAAAUCAAUCGUAGUAAGCGGCCAACGGGAGAUACGAGACGGGCCUUGGCAAAACCUAUGCCACAGAAGGAGUAGACUAUGGCCAGGCAUGACGGCGGUGGUGAUGCUUAUGGUCAACCACUAAAAUAUGAUCCUGAAUUCAAGGGUCCUCUAUCCAAACGAUCAUGCACGGACAUUCCAUGUCUCUUCCUGUUCGUCGCCUUCCUAGCUGGCUGGGGAGCGGUGGCCUACUACGCACUUCGCCACGGCGACUUGGAUCGCUUACUAGUCCCGACCGACUCGAACGGUCUCAAAUGUGGCGUGGAUAGUGAAGUUCAGAAAGAGCCCUAUUUAGUGUUCUUCGACAUUAGCGAGUGUGCCAAAUAUGACGUUCCACUGUACGGAUGCAAGACCCCGCAGGUUUGCGUCAAAGAAUGUCCCACCGAAGAUUUCACGUUCGUUUCGAACACUUGCAAUCCGACCACCGUCGCCGACAUCCGAUCGAAGCUGAUCUGCGAUCACAGCGUCCAGAAAAAUCAACUCAAUUGCAACGACAUCCAAUCUCUUAUCGAUCGAAGACGCUGUGCUAGGUAUUAUCUGAAGAGCGUUCCAUUCGCAAAGCGAUGCAUCUCGGACCUUCCGGAAACCGAAUGUCCGUACAUUCCACCAAUGGUACUGCCUCAGUACCAACUAUCCUCGUUCCCCAAAGAGUCCUCUCGAUCCGGUAAACAACUGUCGGCCGAGAUGCGGGACUGCGCUAGUCAACGAAGGCGUGGCCGUCAACUGCUGGUCGAUCGCGUGAACAAACUGCAGUCCUACUUUGCACGUUACGUCGAUAACUUGCUGUCGCACGUUACCAACGAUACCGUCGUCCAUCAGACCGGUCAGAUGGUCGCCGAAGACAUCCUGCAAUCGUGGCGUAUGGUGAUCGUGUUCCUCGUGGUGUCCCUCUUCGCCAGUCUGAUCUUCAUCACGAUGCUCCGCUGGAUCGCCAAGCCGAUGGUGUGGUUCUCGAUCCUUGGCGUCAUCGUUGCUCUGUGUUAUGGCGUAUACUACAGCUAUGAGCAGUAUCAAUACAUCAGUCAGCAUCCGGUCGAAAGCCACGUCAACGUUUCGCCCAAUCUGAGCUCGCUGGUCAACUCAUGGUUCAAGUCCGAUCGCACCUGGCUGUGGAUCUUGAUCAUCCUGUCGAUCGUCCUGGUGGUUUUGCUGCUGGUUGUUCUAGUCCUUCGGAAGCGGAUCGUGAUCGCAAUCGCAUUGGUUAAGGAGGGAAGCAAGGCGGUCAGUGCAAUCUUCUCGACCGUAUUCUUCCCGAUCAUUCCGUGGGCGUUGCACAUCCUGGUGAUCGCGUUUUCGGUUGUGGUCGGGCUAUACCUGGCCUCGAUCGGGGAGCCAAUCCACCGGGUGUACGGUUUGAACACUUCGACGUCCUGCGUGUGCGACAAUGGUUACCGCGAUGGAGAUAUCUGCGAUCCAACGGUGUUCAACGAUCACUGCCGGAACAGUGUGAUUCGGGCGCCGGACGCUCGCUGCACGGAUGCCGCUUGUCACUUCCAGGAGAUCAACAGUCCCAAGGAGGUUGGGUAUUUCCAUGCCGUCAACGUGGUAGGGUUCUUCUGGGGGAUCUGUUUCGUGUCCGCUUUUGGCGAUAUGGUACUGGCAUUCACCUUUGCCACCUGGUAUUGGACAUUCCGCAAGAAGGAGUUGCGGUUCUUCGUGCUAACAACAGGGUUUCUACGCACGGUUCGCUAUCACAUGGGAACGCUGGCGUUCGGUUCGCUGAUCAUUGCCAUCUGUAAGAUCAUUCGAGCCUGCUUGGAGUACGUCGAUCACAAGCUGCGCAAGUACGACAACGGAGUGGUGAAGGCGGUGCUGUGCGUGUGCAAAUGCUGCUUCUGGUGUUUGGAGAGUUUCCUCAAGUUCUUGAACACCAACGCGUACAUCAUGUGUGCGAUCCACGGGAAGAACUUCUGCUCCAGUGCCAAGGAUGCGUUCAGUCUGCUGGCAAGAAACAUUCUCAGGGUCAUCGCGCUGGAUAAGGUUACCGGGUUUUUGUUCUUCCUGUCCAAGCUUCUGAUCGCCUGCGGAAUGGCAGCUGUGACUUACACGUUCUUCGACAGUGGACCAACAAAGCCUCUGCACUAUCCGUUUGUACCGGCGAUUUUGGUUUUUGUUGGAACGUACGUAAUCGCAUCGGUGUUCUUCAGCGUGUAUUCGGUUGCGGUGGAUACGCUGUUCCUGUGCUUCUUGGAAGACUGCGAGCGGAACGAUGGCAGCCAGGAGAAGCCCUACUACAUGUCCAAGAGCUUGAUGAAGAUUCUGGGCAAGAAGCAAAAAUUCGAUACAACGCGUUGAUCGGAUCAGCAGUAAACAUACAAACCAGCCAAAUGCCGAACAAACACACUGGAUGUUAGUACGUAGCAAUCAUAUAUACUUGUAAGUGAUAAGACCAAAGUGAAUUUUCUAAACCCCCAUACCCAAUACAAAACGAAUGGUGCAAUCGAGAGAGUUAGUUAACGUGGAAUUUGUUAGUUGAUCGAUGAGCGAGAGGAUCCCUUUACAGAGGAAAAAGACUUAUCCAGACAUUUUGUAUUAAUCAUCUGAGUCGAGUUUUGAAUGUAUCUAAUCAUUAAUCACCCAGUUUGUAGAUGUUUGGCGAGUUUCCCUCGCCUCGAAGAUCGAAGUUGCCCUAAACUUCGCAAUCAAAGACACGUAAAGUUAGGGAUACGUAUUUUUUAUAUAAAUUUAUUUAUAUGAAUCAAUGUAGUUGUUAAGCGGAACGCUUAGAAAAAGGAUGCUAAUGUGUUGCUGGAGCAGUGAAAUGUGAUAGUAAGAGAAAGGAUUACUAAUAUAUGUUGAAGUGAAGUAAUGGAUAUACCUCUGUGCAAAUGAGUAUUUUAAAAAGAGAAACUGAAGUCACACUUAUUCAUUUUAAAAACAAUCACUAAUUGUAGAGACUCUGUCGUUCAAAUGAAGCAGAGCAUAAAAAACGGUAAUUUCAACUUUUAGAUAUGGACACAUGAAAGAUCUUAUAAACAAAGAAUCAAACAGCA